GCUGGGUCAGGAGUUCCAGAAUGAAAAGCAAAAAGGGCAUUGUUGCAGCAUCCGGCAGUGAGACCAAGGAUGAGGACAGCAUGGAUAUUCCAAUGGACCUUUCCUCUUCUGGGGCCUCUGGCAAGAGAAGGAAGAGAGGCAAUCUGCUCAAGGAGUCUGUUCAGAUUCUGCGGGACUUGCUGUAUGAACAUCCCUCCAAGCAAGAGAAAGCACUGCUCUCCCGGCAGACACCCUGUCCACACGGCAGGCCCCUCCCAGACAUGCUGAGAAAGGAUGGCAAAGAUCCAAAUCAGUUCACGAUUUUCCGCCGUGGGGCCAAGAUUUCAGAAACUAGCUCUGUGGAAGCUGCGAUGGGUAUCGAAAACUUCAUUCCAACUCUAGAAGAGAGCCCGUUUCAUUCCUGCACAGCAGGACCAAACCCAAACCCAGGGAGGCCAGUGUCUCCCAAGCCUUCCUCCCCGGCAUCCAUGCUGGCUCGCCCAUCAGUGAUCUGCCAUACCACUGUGACUUCAUUGAAAGAUGGGAGCUUCUCUCUCUGCCAGAGAGUUGGUGUGGGACACAGCACAGAUGUACAGCAAAUAACAGCCAGCAACUUUACAGACACCUCUCUCAUGCACCCAGAAGACGCUUGCAAAUUUGGACUGAAUCCAAACCCUCAGAGUGGGGAGCGUGGUCUUUUCAACACUCCUCCCUCUACUCUGGCAGACCUCUACCAGGAUUUUAGCGGAUUCCAGAUUCUAGUGGAUGUUGCACUCAAACAGGGGUGUGGGGAAGACAGUGACCUUGAGGGUUUUGAAACUUCUCAGGAUUGCAAGGAGUCUCCAGUGAGAAAUGUAAGGAAUCAGGCAAGAGAGGAGCUAAGAAUGAGAACUGAAAAGAAGUUGUAG